CUCAAGGAUCCUCAUCAAGUGACGAGUUCACUGUCACCCCCUGCCAACUGGAAAGAGAUGGAAAGGCAUGUCCAUCACCAACAGUUCAGGCAAGCAGCAUUUGAUGAAGCUGGAAAGCUUAUGGGCAAGAGGACAUUCAGGAUUCUCAGGUACAAGGCCAGACUCUGUGUCCGUGGGGAUCUUCAAUUGCCAUCAACCCAUGAAACCUAUGCUGCCACACUUGGUUACAAGGUAUUCAGGGCCAUCACUGCCCUGGCCUUUGCAAGGAAUCUGAAAACCCGGCAAUGG